AUGGACGAUGGGACGCCUAAAGCGGUCGAUGUCUCUUCAGACAACUCAUACAAGCCACGCCUCCUAAUCAUCGGAGCUGGGUCAAGAGGCAACGCAUACGCACGAGCAGUCGUCGACUCCGGCCUAGGAAUCGUAGCAGCCAUUGCAGAACCCGUCGAGUUCAAACGAAGACAGCUCGGCUCCCAAUACAUCUGGAAAGAGUUUCAACACACUCCCGAGCAGGAAUUCACCGACUGGAAGCAAUUCAUCCAAUACGAACACCAACGCCGCAAAGACUCCUCCGCCGGCAUUCCCGUCCCUCCUGGCGUCGACGGAGCAUUCAUCUGCGUCCACGAUGAACAUCACAUCGAAGUGCUGACAGCCAUAAUACCCCUCGGUCUCCACCUCAUGGCCGAGAAACCUUUAGCGACCACACUACAAGACUGCCUCUCCAUCCAGUCACUCCUUCUUACACAUCCUCCGCGAAUCUUCGCCAUCGGCCAUGUGCUCCGCUACAGUCCCCACAACAUGCUCCUCCGCCACCUCAUUCGCGAGAAGAAAGUCAUCGGCGAGAUCGUCUCAAUCGAACACACCGAGCCCGUCGGCUGGUGGCAUUUCUCUCACUCCUACGUUCGCGGGCACUGGCGCAAAGAGUCCACUACCGCUCCCUCGCUCCUCACGAAGUCCUGCCACGACAUUGACUUCAUACUCUGGCUACUCUGCUCGCCCGGUCCAGAUCGUACAACCACCCAUCUCCCCACCCGCCUCUCCUCCCACGGCUCUCUCAAGCAAUUCCGCCGCAGCCAGAAGCCUGUAGCAGCAGGCACCGCAACAAAUUGCCUCUCCUGCCCACUCAUCUCCACCUGCAAAUUCUCCGCAAAACGAAUCUACCACGACCGCCACCUAUCCAAAGGCCUAGCAAAAUGGCCCGUCGAAAUCGCCAACCCAGAAGUCGAGUCUCUCCUGCACACCUCCGGCCCAGUAGCCGCCGAAUCCGCCCUCUUCUCAACUUUGCGCGAGGACUACGAUUCCACCAACCCUCAGUCCGAAAUUGACAACCGAGCCUGGUACGGCCGCUGUGUCUACGAAUCCGACAACGACGUCGUAGACGACCAAUUCGUGACCAUCGAAUGGGACGACUCCAUCGCCACCCCGGGCUCCGGCUCAAAGACGGCGAAUUUCCAUAUGAUCGCUCAAACCCUCGCACAAUGCAACCGUAGGGGCGUCAUAUAUGGCACAUCCGGCGAGAUGAUCUAUGACAGCAAGACGAUCACGGUAAAUGACUUCGAAAGCGAUAGCACGAAGGUAUAUCAUCCUGAAGAAGCGAAGAACUCACAUCAUGGCGGGGGCGAUGAUGGACUUACGCAGUGCUUUUUGGAGGCAAUCAGGGCGGUAAAAGGAGGGGUGGAGGUGGAAGAGGCGCAAGGGGAGUGGUUGGGCGUUACGGUGGAGGAGUGUGUGAGGAGUCAUGCUGUGGUUUUCGCGGCGGAGGAGGCGAGGGUUGGGAAGAAGGUGGUGGAGUUGGGGGAGUGGUGGGAUCGGAAUGUUAAGCCAAGUGGCCUGGUCGAGAUUUAA